AUGGCCGCCCACCCGUCUCUGUUGCACGACGGGGGCAUCGCGCAGGAGUACGAGAGCGGAACGCGAAAAAAAACGCCGAUAAAACGCGACGGUUGCGCACGCGAGCGACCGGCACGUCCGUCUUGUGUGAAUACUUCCGCGGGUGCUCGCAACAGCGGCUACCAAACAUUGGCUGGCGGCGGUAUGUGGGCCAAGGAUGUGUCGUCGACCCCCCAAGCGACACCGAGACACUCGUCGAUCAACGCACAAUUCACUCUCGCCCCGAAUACGCCGAUACCGCCGGAACUU